UAUAGUCCCAACUGCAGUAUUUAAAUGAAGCAACCCAAGUGGUACGUUUCAUCCACAUGUAUGAAAAUUGGUCGUCCACCCAAACCAAUCCGAAGGUUCAUUGUUCAAGUCCUGCUAAAGGGACGCAAGCUAAAGGGUUCUUGGGCAAGAACCCUUUACCAUGUGUCCAAUGCAUCCACCAGGGUGUGAUUGUUUAUGUGAUAGUUGGCAAAGUACCUCAAGCAUAGAAUACAGUGCUGUAUCAAUAAAGAUGAUUUGGCUUGUAAUACAAAGUGCUUGUUUGUCCUGCAGGUGUUGACUGCAUGAAUUCCCAGUGCUUUGACCCCUGUCAGAACUAUACUGCUCUGAAUAAUGAUUGGCGGUCAACAAAUAAUACAAACAUUCAGGACCUACACUGUGAUCGUGAUAUUGACUGGCAAGGCUGGUAUCGCCUGUAUCUGGGGCAAUCCAGUGCUCGUAUUCCAGAGAGGUGCAUAGACUCACUCAGGUGUGGGACCCAUGCACCUUUGUGGAUAAACGAAAGUCAUCCCACACAGGUUGGUGAAAUUGUGAAUCGCACUGUGUGCAAUACUUGGCUUGGCAGUUGCUGCUAUUUUAACUCACACACGAUCCAAGUCAAACUCUGCUAUGGAAACUACUAUGUCUACAAACUUGAAAAGCCAGUCACGUGCUAUCUUGCAUACUGUGCAGAGGUGAAUGGAACAGACCCUGAAGUUCCUUCAACCACAACGUCUCCAGCCACUCAGGUUAAUAUCAAUGCUACAACAGCAGUGAGCAGCAGCACAGCAGGUAAGGGGGAGGUCCGUCUGGUUAAUGGAGAAAACAGCUCCUUCUCUGGUAUGGUGGAGCUCUUCCACAGUGGACAAUGGGGGACAGUGUGUGAUGAUUACUGGGAUGCUCAGGUGGAAUGUGUAGACAGCUUGGCUGUGGCUGGGUCCACUCAGCACCGCAAAAUGCACUAUUUGGACAGGGCAUAGGACCCAUCUGGUUAGCCGAUGUUGCAUGCACAGGCAGUGAGUCAACACUCUCUGAAUGCUACCACUCAGGGUAUGGAUCUCACAACUUCUGCAACCAUGAUGAUGCUGGU